UGGAAGAGUAACGGGGGAAGACGCGCGCCCUCAUGCUCCGCUGUCACCACUCGCUCGAACACACACGCGCACGGAUUCCCUCGACGCGACACCACACACUCUCCUGUGGUGCUGUGGAGUGGAAAGAAAGAAAGAAAUAAAAAAACAUGACCCCCUCGUGGUGUGGAGUGGUGUUGACGGCGAUGAUGGUCCUGGUGUUGACGCGACCCUCGUGGGCAGAUAACGUGAGAAUGUGCUUCAAGUGCCUUGGUCGGGAUGCCUGUCUGGAACCCAAAUACGCGACGGUCCAAAUAUGCAGUCCCGACGUGCACCGCUGCGUCACCAAACUCACUGUCAGCAAGGUCACAGGAGCCAGCGUCUCGGAGCAGUACUGCGGAAGCCCCGAGGUCCUGGAGGACAGCAUGCAGGUGCUGGAAGACAAAUGUUACUCCAACGACAUCAGCUGGGACAGUCGCCGUACCCGGACGACCUUCUGCUACUGCUCCUACGACCUCUGCAACGCGUCGUCCCAUCUCCGGGCUCCGUCGUGGUCGUUUCUGGUCGCGUUGGGCGUGUUGACGAUGCUCUCGACGGCCGUGAUUUCUGAGCAUGUCUCGUGACGGAUGCCGACAGUGGGGGACCGAAAAGCAGGAUUUUCUCGGUCCUCUGGUGUUUCGGUCUGGUAUUAUUCCGAAAGGAGAUUUUAUUCUAUAUAUAUAUAUUGUUUGCCAAAGACUGAGGUGAAGGAACGAGAUACUGGUAAAUCGCGUGAACAGAUAUUCGCUGGAAUAUGAAUUGUUGUGUAGCAUUUCCAAGUACAGGAAAAGAGGAUAUGGUGAACAAAGAGUCAGUAUUUGUGUCAAGAAGAGACGGAAAUCCCUAGUCACUUCCAGCGGAGAGUCACCAAGCCAGUCUUCCCAACUUCACCUCAACUUGUCCAUGUCACAAAGUGUUCCAUGAACGCACAACGCUCACGUGGUACAAAGAUACGCCUCUCAUACGGUGCGAACUCAUAACGCGUCUGUCCCCCUUUUACCUGCACGAAUAAAUUUAAUACUUUUUUUUAGGAAGGAAGAAUUUUUUUAAUGCAAUCAUAUAGAACCCCUCCUGCAAAAGAAAAAAAAGAAAGAAACAAAUCGUAUUGCAGAGCGAUUCGCGACUAAUAGGACAUUCUGUGAUUUUCUGCAUUCCAUUGUGGUGAGAAAAACUGUGAUAACCUCCAUACGGCUAAGCCUAAGCGGAGGCCAGUAGUUAGGAAAGAGAGACCAUGCAUACGUGAUUUUUUUUUCUACUUUUAUAUUCAUACACUGUAUAUAUGUGUGUGUGUGUGUAUACAUGGCACAUUGGUGCAUCCUUUUUAUAUAGAUGGACAUGUCUCCAACAAAAUCGUGUAGAAUGAUAUUUGAAUGAUAUUUCACAUGGAUUCGAUAUGAUAUUGAUGUGUCCCGGUUCAGUUUUAUCAGACAUUCUAAUUCGGAACAAGGAAAUAGAAUGUUAUUCGCUAUAAGUGAAUCCGUAUUUUAGAAAUUUUAUAACCGUGUAUAAAAUGGAUGAUUAAUUUUGUGCCAAAUAUUUUUUUCGUGGCCAAUUUAAUUUGAUAAUUAUUUUUGAAUUAUAAUGAUAAUCAAGUAUUAAUAUAUUUUUCGGUCAAGUUGUUUUUAUAUGUGUAUUUAUUAAAACUAUGGGCUUAAUCGAUAAAUUUUACGAGAAUUAUAAUAGUUUGCAUAAUGGAAGAGUUAAAUGGAAUAUUCAAAAUAUAAGAAACGACCAUAAAGACAUUGUUAACAUAUGUUAAUAAAAUAAGAAAAUAUAAGAAAACGCCAACGCCAAAGAAACUUUAUUUCAAACACAAGGACAUAAACAUGCACUUGACUUUUUCUGAUGUGUUGUGACUACGUGUGGACGUUACAAAUUGUCGUUAUGAUAUAUAUUUAUGAGUGUUAUUUCUGAGUAUCACAUUGUGUACUUAUGACCCUGUGCCUUUGCUAUAUUUGUUGUACUGGCUGAAGAAAAAAAAUGAGAUUAUAUGCUUCAGUAUUGUAAUGCAUUUAAAUUGAAUAAAUAAAUUAAAUGAUUAUA